AUGCAUAGACCUCUAACAAAACGAAUGUUUCAGAUGGAAAGGAAGAAAGGAAGAAAGAAAGAGAGAGAGAAAGAGAGAGAGAGAAAGAGAGAAGAAAGGAAGAAAGGAAGAAAGAAAGAGAGAGAGAAAGAGAGAGAGAGA